CAUGGAGACCUGCUAUCAGUUCCGGAUCGCCCUGCUGGGGGACGCCGCGGUGGGCAAGACGUCGCUGCUGCGGCGCUACGUGGGGACCCCGGAGCCCCAGGCCGAGGCAGAGCCCGAGCCCACGGUGGGCGUCGAGUUCUACAGCCGGGUGCUGCAGCUGCCCGCGGGGCCGAGCGUCAAGCUGCAGCUCUGGGACACCGCGGGCCACGAGCGCUUCAGGUGCAUCACUAGGUCCUUCUACCGCAACCUGGUGGGUGUCCUGCUGGUCUUUGACGUGACAAACAGAGAAUCCUUUGAACACAUCCAAUACUGGCACCAGGAAGUCCUGUCCAUUCAGGGCCCGGACAAAGUGAUCUUCCUGCUGGUUGGCCACAAGAGUGACCUGCAGAAUACCCGUUGUGUCUCCACCCAGGAGGCUGAGGGCCUGGCUGCCUCCCUGGGCAUGACCUUCCUGGAGACCUCAGCCACAAACAACUGCAAUGUGGAGCUGGCCUUCGAUGUCCUCAUCGUCACCAUCCAGCAGGCCCUGCAGCAGGGACACAUCAGGCUGGAAGAGGACUGGGGGGGUAUUCGGCUCCUCCACAAGGCUCCAGUCAUCAGGCCCCCCAGCAGGAAGCAGCACCCAGGCCCUUGCCAGUGUUGACUCUGGGAUAGGGAGAGUAACAGAAGUGCCAGCCUCACACGCCUAAUGGGGCUGGAGUGUUAGGGUCUCUGGAGGGCAAAGAAGAGAGGUCUAAUAGCAACAGUAACCUGGUAGGU